CUCUAUUCUUAUUCCACCGCCCCUCUCUUUUAUCCCUCUCCCGCUAUUUAUUCGGACACAAACUCGGUACUUAUCCUCCCUUCCCCGAAUAAGAAGAAGAAUAAGGGGAAAUGGCGGGAGACGGGGUGAAGUGGGACGGAUUGCUUAAAUGGAGCCUUUCUCACUCCGAUGGCACUCGCCCUCCUCGCAAUAUCAGAGAGGAGGAUCGGAGGUGGUUCAUGGAGGCGAUGCAGGCGCACGCUGUUGACGUCGUGAAGCGGAUGAGAGAGAUCACCAUGGUGAUGAGAACCCCGGAAGAAGUAUUGGAGGCUCAAGGAGUUACUCCAUCCGAUAUCGAAGGCAUGUUGGAUGAGCUGCACGAACAUGUUGAAGCAAUUGAUAUGGCUAACGACCUGCACUCUGUCGGUGGCUUAGUUCCUCUGCUUGGCUACCUGAGAAACUCCAAUGCCAGUAUCAGGGGAAAAGCUGCAGAAGUAGUAAGUACUGUUGUCCAGAACAACCCAAGGAGUCAACAGCUUGUCAUGGAAGCUAGCGGAUUUGAGCCUCUGCUGUUGAAUUUCACAUCGGAUCCUGAUAUAACUGUUCGUACAAAAGCCCUGGGGGCUAUAUCUUGCUUGAUCCGGAACUACAAGGCUGGAACAACUGCAUUUCGACUGGCAAAUCCUUAUUCGGGCCUGAGGGAUGCGCUGAGUUCGAAUAAUACCAGAUUUCAGAGGAAGGCUCUCAACCUGAUUCAGUAUCUAGUUCAAGAGAACAGCUCAGAUUGCAGUGUUAUUGCAGAACUAGGGUUUCCCCGGCUCAUGAUACAUCUAGCUUCCAGUGAUGACUUGGAGGUGCGAGAAGCCGCCUUGGGCGGGCUCCUCGAGCUGGCUCGUGACGGGACAGCAGGAAAUAACAUCAUAUCAACUGAAAAAGAUCAGCUGAGUCAACUCCUCCAGAACCGAAUCGAUGAUAUCCGAUCGAUGUCCCCUGACGAUCUCAGGGCCGCCAGGGAGGAGAGGCAGCUUGUCGACUCUUUGUGGAGCAUUUGCUAUAAUGAGCCCUCGGUGCUUCGCAAGGAGGGUCUCGUUGUGCUUUCCGGGGAGGAAUCCUUCGAGAUGCCCCCAGAUGUUGCAGGGAGAUUCUUCGAGCCCCCUCUCCGUGCGUGGGCAGCGAAAGCGCCUCCUUCAAACGAGGGUCAGGUUUGGCCAACAGAGCAAAGAAAGAGACACCAUUGCGUAUAGGCUCUGUGUCGUCUUUGAGCGAAAAUUCUCGUGAUGGACAUACCGGUUCUUGAGAGGUGACUGCAAUUGUUUUUUGUUCUUCUUAUGUAUAGAAGUGAAAUAGCAUGAUAAUGGUGGGGUAGUGUUUGUGUACUAUUAGGCUUUCUUUUGUACCGUGGAUGAUAAAUAACGGAACCUGCCUGCCAACGUUUUUCUUUUUC